CUCCGCCCCGCCCUCAGCGACGGCGUCGGUCACGUGGAGCCCAGACAGGGCGGGGCUCUACGGCUGUGGGGGAGAGUGGUAGUAGAGGCUCUCGGUUUCCAUGUGAAGUCGGGCUUCUUUUCGGGAGCCGCAGCGGCGGGGUGUCUGAAGGUGUAAGAAAUCCCUCGUUAAAACUUCGCUUGAGGAGUUUGUGGGUUAAAGUAUAUGGAAUUUAGAAUUAAACACACAUGGGAUGGUUUACCUGUGAGCCAUAACCUGGUUAUGAUUCGGCUGAGGCCAGACAAUGCAGGACUGCUAAUGGAAGUUCAUGGUCCCUUCUGUAAUGACCCUCAAGCACUACUUGGAGAGCCAGGGAAACCUUUUGAUAGGCUGUGGGAUUAUGAGGUUUUGGAAAGCAUUUUUCCAAGUGACGGAACUGAGCACUCUUUAGGAGUUGACCUUUGUCCAAAAUUGUGGUUUUUUGACAUCCAUGGGCAGCACUUACUACUGCUGCUUUCUGGCAGAGUAUGGAAAAAAGAACUUCCUUUAGAGUUUGAGGUGACCAUAAUGAAAACCAAAUGGGAGGGUAAAGUUCAUAUUCCUUGUAAUUAGUUUCCACCAUAAAUGCAUUAACAAGUUCAAUGAUUUGCAAUUCAUGGCUCGGAAGAAGAGAGGAAGUACAAAGCACUUUAUCUUGUGCCUCAACAUGAACUACAGGAAGGACAGAAAGCAGAUUUUCAUUGUCUGGAAGUUUUCAAGGAUUUAGAGGUGAAAGAACUAAUAGGAGAAGACUGGAAGCAGCUGUGUUCGACUGAGAUGUUAUUAACGUCUUAAACAUUGUCAAAAUCAUAGAAAGCCUUUUUGUCAAGCUGCAAGGAAGCAACUGCCUGUCUGCAACCGCUGAAAUCACCCCCUCUUCCUCAAUAUGCUUCUUGACUGGAAUUUGGACUGUGAAGGGAAGCUUGAGAUAAGACUAUUGUCUAAUCAUCUCAGGUCUGAGGAGAAGUAAACAAGGCUCAGGGAAUCUGCCCUAGCUGAGCUCAGUGGGUGGCAGAGGAGAACGGUUUGGGGAGCGUGAUGGCAAAAUCUCUCCACACGAAACAGAGUAAACCGCACCCCCCCAGGAUGACCACGUACACAUGGGGCAUUCACAUGAGAGGCAGCUGAGAAGGGGUCAUAAACAAUCAAAGACCCCCAAGGUAUCCCUCUCACUACCAAGAAGACCAGAAAAAUGGGACCUAUGGGAUGCUGCCCGAUUACAUGGAGUGGUGAUACAUUUUCUAUUUUUCUCUCUCUCACUCUCUUCUUCCCCUCGCCACCCUUUUUCUAUUUCUUUCUAUCUCUCUCUGUCUCAGAUUUACUGUUAAAUACACCAUUCUGAGCAGAGUUUUUUAAUAUCAGAUUAGUAAGGCUUUCCUUGACACCAAAGUCAUCAAUCAGUCUUAAAAUCAACAGUAAAGUAUGUGGCUCAGUUGAUUCUAAAUGAAUGAACAGCUCAUGUUUCAAUUCAUCUGGGUAUGGAGUUUUUCAUCUGUGCAAGAGAUAAAUCUAUUGCUACCAAUGACAGUGAAAAAAUAUGCUAAAAUUACAGCUGUGUUUUCAUGAGAGCUCUAAAGCCUGGUAAGGCCAAUACCUUGCUUGAAAUCUUUUGGGUUCUGGUAGUUGCUGCAUUUCUGCUGUAUUUUCACUGCUACUUUUUUGUUUCUUGACUGCUGAAUGACAUUCUUAUUGCCUAAAUUUUUCUAUUAAAAUCAGCAGAAAAAAAUGCCUCCUUCAGGAACAGAGAGAAAUGCAGCUUUCAUGGAUUUUGGUGGCCCAGUACUUGCACUGCAAGUAUAACACUACCCUUUCCUCUAUGUUCCUACACUUGACGUUUUCCCUAGCCUGGUGCCAAAGUGAGAACUUCAUCUGUAUUACAGACAUCUUGGCUUCAAAUUCAGUGUGGAGUUUCUAGUGAUACUUAGGUACAGAGGAUAGGUUUAGAAAAGGUUUUAUGAAUUUCAGGAAAAGUUUCUGGAACACAUAAUGUUGAGUAUAAAAUCUUUUGAUAGACUUGAGUGCCUACAAAUGAUGGUUUGUCCUGUUGUAGCAGGAUAGCCCACCCUGAUAAGGCCUAGAAUCUGAUCAGAGAAUGCAUGCAAUGCAAACCAUCACUCAAGCUAUCAUGCAAGUUCAACUGCUGGUGCCAGGUGCUGUCUUGGUAUUGAAUUAUGCUGAAACCAGCCUGGUUCACCAGAUUUCGAAUCCUGCUUUACUGAAGCAGAAUUUGACAGAUAAGCUAGUCUGCUUGCCUGUAAUCUGUGACUACCAGAGUAUAUAGUUAUAUAGUCUGGUACAACUAUAAAAGCCCGGUCCACCUUUCAUUUGGCAGACUCUUCCACACACUUCCUUGAAGUGUGGAGCUUCUCCCUGAAGCAGGGAUGCCUCUUCAUGGUUACUCCCCAGGGGUUAAAAGAUCUGUGUGCUAUCUCAUCUCUACCAAUCUCUACUUAAUGAUUGUUUCUUUUGUUAGCUUUGAUACAAUUGUUUUAAUAUAAUUGCUUUGUUACAACUUUGUUACUUUAUGUUACACGAUACCCUAAUAGGAGAUUUUAGCUUUUAUGUUGUGUAGUGUAUAAUUUUGAUUAAGAUCUUUCUUCUGUUCACUUGUCUGUUCAUUUGCGAUAAUAGAUAAUUCAUUUUAUAUAAAUAUAUCCAUUUUGCCAUUAUUAAAAACUUGCAGGACAAACUGUUUUAAUCACACCUCUAUAAUUCCUUAAAUUUAAACUGUUGACACAGUCCAAGGGUAAGAGAGGUUUCAGGCACACCUCAACCCUUCUUCGAGAAGGACUUUAGAAAGCAAGGGAGUCCUUUUUGCACCUCGUGAUCAGCAGUAGGGUUUUUUUUAAUAAGUUUGUCUAAACCUUCCACUCUCCCUUGACACACAUCACCUUAAGGAUAUAGCUAAGAAGUCUGAGAAUUUUUUUGCAUGCCACUUAGAUUUGGAAAUACUGUACAUGUACGUGGCUAUAUUUUCUACAUGUUGGCAUGAAUAAUUUGAACACUAGUGAAUACCGUUAGAUGGUAAUAUCUUAUCUGUAAACUCUUGCAGGAUUUACGAAUUACACAUUCCUUUUAUUUUGUCUAGCAUAGCAAGUGCUGCUUGAUUUUGGCUACUGACUUAGUCCUAUAUAAAUUAACUUAGAAAAUGGGAAGCUUGCCCACUAAGCAGAUUCUACAUCUGAAACAUAGGUGACUUUAAAAUCAAACUGCUUUGUUCAGUGAGAGGAUUCAGACCAAGACAUGUUCCUCCGAUCUUUAAUAGAAAGAGGACACCCUGCAUCCUGUUGAAAGGUCAUCAUCACAUCUGAUCACAUCAUUUUGUCCUUUCUCUGUGCAUAUCCAAGAAGACUGACUUUGUCUGUUGAACUAUUGUUCAGGUAGCUGAAGAUAACUUUUAGCUCCCAUAGAUUUUUUUAAAUGUUGUCAUUCUCAGUUUGCCUUUUGUGAAUCUCGUAAGUAAGCACCUUCUACUUAGAUAAUAUUGACAGACAAAAGUGUAAAUUGGGUUGUAAUUUGGGUUGUAACUCAGAGGCUGAAAUACUUCCAGGCCUUUCUUGUUUAUUUAGAUCAUAAGUGGUUCUAAAAAUCUUCUGUGUAGCUUUAGAUAUCAAAAUGCCUGUGAAACUUUCCACAAGACUGGACUUUCUGAGUCAUAUUAUUGAAAGUAUUCUCUGUUUUCUUCUGAGCUUGUAUGCAGUAAUAACCACAGUCUGAUGGUCAUAUUUUCUU